GGGGAAAGGAGAUAUAGGGGGACUAGGCGGCUCGGGGAUAGGAGAGGAAGUAACGAGAAAGAACUGGCAACGUGUACGACAUUCAAAUCUGAUCUGAAAGUGUCUGAAACCCAGUCCUGGUUACUUAGUAAAACAGUAGAAAACGUGGAACGGCAGAAAAUCGCCAACGAAUGAGAUAUAUUUCGUGUGUGUCGCGAUAUAUAAUGUACCGGUACGCGCGUCAAUUGGCAAUGUAAUCGCGCAGCUGAUUUGGACUUAUUUCGACGUGUCUCGACCUUCUCCUUCUGUCUACAUGUCUCAUUGUUACCAGUUAUGUACGAGUGCAACACAUCGAGAACAUAACGCAACGAGUGUAUUCUACGUUGAGAGCGCUCUCUGAGAGUGCGCCGUGACUUUACCGCGUCGGUCGUGAGUCUUCCUUCCGGUGCUCGCAUCACGCGUGUACAAAUUUUCGCGCGCGUCCGCGCUCGCGCCCGUUGGCUCUCAAGUAACUUGAUGUAAAUGUCACGGGCGCGCGGUGGUAUCGUGGCCGUGUCGCGAAGAAAGUUCCACACGGCGACGUGGAAUUAUGUGUAUAGAUAUCCAGCUUAACGAGAAGAAGAAGAUGGGCGACAAGAGAGUCGACGAGGAAGUAGAGAUCGUCGAGGCUCACAUUAAGAAAGGUUUCGAUAAAGUUGUUGUCAAACAAGAACGUCCAGAUGAAGCGGAGAUCCGUGAAUUGGCUGCCAAAAUGGUGGAAGCGAACAAGACGAAAAUGUUAAACAUGCCAGCGGUGCAACAACCGAGGCCGCAAUGCCUCGUACCGCAGCAGCCUAAUCUUCCCAGUAUUCUUGGGUAUCUGAACAAACGGCCAACCGACGGAUCGUCCGCUCCGAAACCGCCGACGGUUGCUAUGGAGAUGAAAGCACCAGCACCCGACGAUGAUAGCCAGAGAGGACGAUUCGGCUGGACAAGCUUUGACGAAUGUCACAUACCUUAUAUAUUUCGGUCCGGCGAAAAGUAUUGCGCCGUACGCAUCCUAGAAUCUAAGCUUCUCAACAAGUACCUGAGCUAUCUCCAUGCGGACAUUUACAGCUGCACGUGUAUAAGGAGUUAUUAUAUCACGGAGGCUGAAAGCAAAUUAUUCAAUGAUAUUAACACUAAGCACUGUGAGAAUCAAUUUGGGAGGGACACAUUUACGUGCAAGGAUUUAGUGGUGCGUCUCUCAGACGCCAAAGAGUUUUAUACUUUUCUCGAUGUGUGUUACACGAAAUUGACUGCGGGUAGCAAUCCGAAUGUAACGAGUGGACGCAAAGCGGAGAAAUGCGGUUUCAUACGAAUAAAUAAAGAAUCUGUGGUACCUUACACGGUAAAGGAUGGUCUACAGUACGUGCCGUUAUUUUAUUUCGAGGGCGAAACGGAGAACCUCAAGCUAAAAGCGGAAAAACUCGAGGGUUGGGAUUUAUCGUACUUGAAGUUUUGUUGUAAAGUACAGGGUAUACGUAACGAAUUGUUUGCCAGUGAAACGUGUUCAGUGAUUAGUUUGAAUGAUAUUAAGAGUUACUUUCCACCGGGUACCGGCUUCGAGGACUAUUGGCCGACCAAAGUAAUGGACUCGCAAUUAUUGGUGAACAGCAAUGGCAAUGGUAGUGGCGGAGGAUGGACGAAACAACCGCCCACACCGCCGGCCACUAAACCUACUUCUGUGCAAAACGCAAAUAAAAUAGUGCCACCUUUAAACGCGCGUGCCACACCGAUGUCUAACAUAAUGCAGCGGGGAACUGUCGUGAGUACGCCGCAGAUGGCGCGAAUAGGACAGACUAGGUCCGUAGUGACAACACAUCCCGCGCAUUCUUCUCCAUCGGGACUUCCCGCCGGUAGAUCGAACAUAGUAUCGCAACCUAUGCUAAAUAACGUUCAAGGUGUAGUUAAUGGCUGGUCAGGUCUCGUCGGCGGCCAACCCACCUUUCAACCGGCACUCAAUUCCCCAGCUAGUUCCCUUAUACGUGCAACUCUGAAUAUGCACAACCAAAUGUCUGCUGCCUCCAAAAACUAUUCUCAACAGUCGAGAAGUAGAACGGGCAAUAGUGGAACGGCAGCUCAAUAUGCUGGGGUAUAUCCGACUACAACCAUGCAAGCGCAAGUUGCUCAAGCCCAACCACCACCUCCUCUUGUACGAGCAACUGUUCACUCCAAUCAACCCAAUCUUGGUUAUCCCACCUAUGGGAAGGAUGAUUGGGUGACCACUACAUAUACAACACCUACAUUAGGUGUACCUAAUGCAGUCACAGCAAGUACAUAUCCACAGAUGCUUGGCUUGAGCGAACAAGUCCAAGCUUUAAUGCCAGUACAUACAUCAGCAUCGACUUUAUUACAUCCUCAAAGACAUACACCAUCUGUACAUAACACAUCUCAUGUAAAAUAUCCACCUCCCUUAAUACCAGUCAAUGGUAGCAGCGGUAGCAGCAGCAGUUCCAGGGAUACCCGAGGGAGGAAACCGUUAAUACCGAUAUCAGAAACACAUAUGUCAACUUGCCAUGUACAACCUUACCAAAUACAGAAAGCGCUGGUUGAAGAAAAAAUGGUACCCUGCAUCAACUUCAAACCUUACAUUUACACUGAAUUGUUAAUGACUCUUCCCGAUUUUAUUUCCAACUUUUUUCCUGCCUGUGACAUUGAGAGUUGUAAACAAGUCCUUACAGAUGUUCUACACAUAGACUUAUAUCAAGGGAAUAGAUUACAAAUGAAGAUGUUAAUGGAAGCAGGCAAAUGUUCUUCGCUAGUUGAAGAUCUACCUUUGAUUCAAGUUAGAAGUGUAAUGAAAUACAUGCCGCAAUUCAAAUAUAUGUUUAAUAGAGGAGAUAUGGUCAUGCCUUCCCCAGCUCAUUCGUCUGAAGAGCAUCCUGCCAAAAAGCGUCAACGUACCAGCUAGGAUUGGCUACAGCCUUACUGGCCUACUUACGAUUACUAUCAUUCGGCAUUUUAAAUAAGCCGAUAACACAUCGAUUGUCGUAUGUAACAUCGUUGUGGAACGCCCACGAGAUAUUUAAAUAAAAGAUUAUAUUUCGUGUGUGAUGCGCAACACACAUUCGACGAUUCAAGUUUAUGUACAGUGAUACCAGAGAGCUAUUUCUUUCUCCAAAGUGUAUUUACUGAAAAGAAUGUGACUGUAAAUAAAACUGAGACAUGUAAAUUUAGAAUAUUAUGGUUGACGAUUAAGAUCUUUUUGUUUAUUUUAUUUUGUUCAAAACCUGCUAUAAUGUGCAAAAUACUACAUUGUUGCAGGACACAAAUAGACUUAAGAGAGAGAGUGCAUUCUUAUUUUUAAAUUAAAUAUAUUCUGUCAUUCCACACGCGCGCGCGCGCGCGCGCACACACACACACACACACACAUGCACACACACACACAGUGUCCCAGAUCAUUUGGUACAAUACUCAUGUGCAGAUAGAACGGACCAAACUGAGUUGAAAAGUCCUCUAUCAUUUUUUUUGUAUAACGCUUAAUAAAAAAAAUUGUUAUUGAGUAAAGUCUGGUCAAUCAUAGCCGGGUGCACGUCGAUCAGCCGCACUGUAACAGCUGAGCGUUCACGUACACUAUCAGGCGCGUGGCUUUCCGAUAUGCAUCCGGUUAAAGAUCUGCGAUGAUUAGGACCAUUUUACUCAAUAUUAAUUCUUUUAAUAUACAAAAAAAUGAUAGAGGACUUCGAUUCAGUUUAGUUCGCUCUAUCUGCACACAAGUAUUGUUAUAUUUCAAAUGAUCUGGGACACCCUGGUGUGUGUGUGUGUGUGUAUAUAUAUAUUUACAUAUAUAACAUGCGCGUGCAAUAUAUAAAAUACACAUUAUUUUAUUUCUACCUCUUUGCAACAGUAAAAAAUAGUGAUUUUUUAGAUUUUCCAUUUUUUCAUAGUGUUCUUGUUACAUGUCAAUAUUUUGUUUAUAUUAUAACAGUUCUAUUUUAAAAAGAAAUUCGGAGAAAGAAAAUGCUAUUAACCAAUUUAUAGAUGGACAUGACGUGCUAUGGAGUUAUUCAAAAUGAAUAACCUAUUUUGCAUAUUAAACGUAUAUCAAUAAAGCGAAAAAUGGAAGUAAUGCUUCUUCAAGUUCCUAGCUAUUACUAGUACAUAUUACGAUAACUAGCUGCAAGCUAAUUUAAAAAUGUUAAUUCAUUCAUUUAUUCAUUGUGAGUUUUUAUACCAUUUUCAUAAAAUUUUGUUUAAUAAAAGCAUUACUGUACGUAAUAUCGAACAAUUCUUUUCAAUUAUUUAAUAAAUACAUUGUAUACAGGAGAGGGUGAUAGAUGUAUCAAAUGAAAUGACAAAAUGAAGCAAAUGCCUACUUAAUGUGAAAAGAUUGCAGUAAGCAAUUUCUCGUGGACUACAUUUAUGAAAGAUAAAUAAUAUAUAAAAAAUGACAUUUUCACAAAUUGUUAAAAAAAGUAAAAUGACAUAUUUUGUUUGUUUCUAUAUUUUAAUAUUUAUAUUUACAUAGUAUUAAUAUUUAAAUAGUAUUUCUCAAUAUUGCUGCUGCAUCUUCCUGAUAUUCAUAUUGUAAAUUUUUGCUUAAAAACAAUUUAUUAUUUAAUUAUUUAAAAAUUUGUCGAAAUUUGUUACACAGUUACACUUACAUUUUUGUACCUAUACUCAGUAUUUGUUGAGGAUAGUAUCUCAUGAUAGGGUCAGCGUGAAAUUUGUCACAUGUGAUUAAAAUAGAAAUAUAAAAAAUAUAUAUAAAAUUGUGCGAGGGACAGAAAGAGAAACAAUAUUUAUUUACGUUAAAUAUGUUAUACACAUUGAGAAUACAAAUCUAUUUGAUUAAGAUUAUGGAGAACAAUAUAUGUGUGGUAGAAUUAAGAUUGCUGCAAUUAUGCUCAAAGUUAAAGCCAAAUUCAGUUGUGAUCAUUUCACGCUUAACCCGUUUCAUAUAUAUGUUAAAUUUGUGUAUGCAUUCGAAAAUGUCCAAGCUACAACGUAUAUAGAAGACUAUUAAAACGUACGUAGAGCGUAAUUGUAAAGGAAAAUGCAAUGACAUUCAAACGAUGAAAGAAUCUAUUUAAUAUUCAAAAACAUUGAAAUAGUCUUCCAUUGAUUCAUAAUGCGUUACGAGAAUCAAAUUUUGCUUAGUUUGAUAAAUUAUUUUAGAACAUUAUCAAUGCACAUAUUAUUAAUGAGUCUUUGAUAAUUGCCGCUUAUUUUCAUUUAUAAUAAUAGAAUGCAAAACGCAAUAGUACCCUACGUUUGGGACAGUAUAUAAGAUGCUAUUUUAUCUCUUCUCAAUGUGGGACAGAGGUUUAAAUAGUUAUUAUCGACCGGCUAUAUAUACUUUCGUCACUCACUAACUUUAGUGUUAAGAAAUCUCUAAAAAAAAAAAAUGUACAUGGCAAACACAAGUGUAUAUAUAAAGAGAUAAUUAUAAUAACGACUGAUUCACGUCGAACGUGAAUCUUCCACACAAAAAACAGAAAUUGUUCGUAUAUCCUGUCGUAAUAUCAAUAUAUUUCAUCAUUUAUAAAUAAUGUUUUGUUGGCUCACAAUUUUUAAAAGAUCUUAUUAUUGCUAUUGAGAUUCUCGAUUAGUAGCUCCUACUGUUGUAAGCUAUUCAAAAGAUUGUAGAAGAAAAAUCGAAGAUGACAAACACAUAAUUUACAGUUAUUAUUUAAAUAAAAAUAUUUGAACGAUAAAAUAUCUCAUUUAAUUUUGAUACAUACAGCUUUUUAUUUAAUUUAGUUUCUGUAAUAUUCGAUGUUAUGUACGUACACAACAGAUUUAGGAUUAUCAAAAAUACCAUGUAUGGAUUUUUAUAUCUUUUACCUCAUUUUUACAGAUACGAGUAAGUUUGAUGCGAUUAUAAAACAAUGCUAUAUUUUGCAGAAAGAGAUAUAGGACUGCAUGUAUAUAUGUAGCAAAGAAUAAUACACGUUGAUUUUAUGUCGUAAUUCCUUAGUGCAGCAAGAAAUGUUUAUAAAUUUCUUGAAUUAUUUUAAUAUGAAUGCAUACGAAUUUUAUUUUAUUUUACAUAUCUAUGUUAUACGCGUUGCAUUCUUAAAAAAACGCAAGAGACAAA